AUGGCAAGAAGCAUGUUGAAGGCAAAGGGUCUAUGUUUGGGGGUGGUAGAAACCCACCUAAUCUGGGCACGGGAUAUUGGAUGGGCACGAGGAGAAUACGGCCGGGCUGAACAGCUCUCUAAGAUCGCAGCUGGGUUUUGUUCGAAAAGGGGUUGGAGACUAAGGUUGCGGCCAAGGUUUUUUCGCUGGGCACGACCCGAAAAAGCUGGGCAUACGAGAUGCGGCCGGAUAGCUCGAAUGGAGUUAGAAAUAUGCAGCCGGGUGUGA